GAAGAAGGUUGUAAGAGAAGAUAAUGACUAAUAUGAUGUGUUUCAAAUGGGACAAAAGUACUUGUAAUAAGUAAUAUGCUUUCCGGGGAAGAAGUAACAACUGGUUCUCUCCUUCUCAUCACUUCUGCUUUUCAGGGUUCCAAGAGGAGAUGUAGGACAGGUCGGUUCAAAGCAACAACAACAAAAAUACUAAUAACAUUCAACUUUGUGAUACCGGUCUCAAAACUUGAGGCCCGUAACAGAGACAACACCCAAGUGCCGUGAGCACAACAACAACAACAACAACAACAGUUUCCAGGCGCCAAGGGUCAGUUCUUGUGUGUGCGUGUGCUGCACGCUCAGAGGACGCUAAGGGGAGAAGGGAAGUGCAGGAAGCGGGCAUUGCUUGUGAAAGCCACGCCCCUCGCGAUGAUUUCAUAUUCAAUGAGGUCGGAACAGACGAAGGCAGACAUCAGCACAGUGACAACACGGACUUCAUUCAGCUAAACACCGGCCGACAUGCUUCAUGGAUGUGUCGGUACAUCCUCUGUCAGCCAGGUAAAAGAGUUGCUCCACUUUCUAUCAGCCUCCCGCGAACUUUGCAGGUCUCCGGAAGCACCAAGCCGCGAUGGAGGGAUGCCGGUGCGGCAUGCAAAUACGUACUCUGACGUCGGCGAUCAUGUGGCUUUUGGCGUAGAGCCUCCUUGUGAUCGUCGAUUUUUCCCCACUCCUGUCGCCUGCCUAGCUACUGGAGCUACACUGUUUUGAAAAGAUUUUCGCGCAUUCUGCCGCUUUGGGAUUGUAACGCACGCUACUGGAGCAUCGCGACGGGACGGUGGACAGAUUUCAAGUUUUGGAGGAGGCAAGGAGAGACAGAGAGCGUUCACUGACAGACAGACUCACUGCACUGCAUCACGUCAGCCACGGGCACAGCAAAACCACCCCCAAUGAUAGCGUGAAGAGACAAUUCGCAUGUGAGGAAGGCACAUAGUGACAGCUGUUCAUCAGUGCAUUUGCUGCCACCUUCUGACUCCCUUAAAAUGACGGCCACACUCCUAUAAAGCAACAGCUGCACUAAAAGCAAAGAAAGAAAAGAAAUCCCGGUGGUGUCCUGUCAUGCAUUUUCAUGACCUCAUCUUGCUGUGGAGCUGACACUGUCAGCGCGACGAGCUCAGAACUUCACCCUCUACUGCUCCGUUCUCUGGAGCCACUCAUCGUGACCCAGGGGUGGCUCCGCUGUUCAAAAAGUCUUACCCGUCCACAGUACGUCAGUCCUCCUUGCAAGUUGCAACAUUGGGCAGUUGUCCUGUCUUGCUAUUUCCCCAGUCAUAGUUUCCAGGAUAUUUGGCCAAGUAAAAAGUGCAAGGAGCCCUCCCUCAUUAUUCAUCAUCAUCAUGUCUAGCCGGCGGAAGGCUUCCACCCCCUGUAUGAUCCGACCACAAGAGACCAUGGUGGAGUUGGAUGAUAAUGAAGAGACAACUGAGAACCACACUGAGAAGGAUGCUAUGGAAACUGAUCCAUCUGUUGACCUAGACCUGACGGGGAAGACCUCUGACUCCUCAGCAGCACCUGACAUUCCAACAUCUGAGUCAUCAGACAGUUCCAAGCCUUCAUGUAAACAGCAAAGGGGCUAUGAGUGCAAGUACUGUACCUUUUCCACUCAGAACCUCAACACAUUCAAAGAACAUGUGGAUGCCAACCACCCCAACGUCAUCCUCAACCCACUGUAUCUGUGUGCUGUCUGUAAUUUCAACACAAAAAAGUUUGACUCCCUGACAGAACAUAAUGAUAGAAAUCACCCAGGGGAAAGCAACUUCAAGUUUAAACGCAUCAAAAUGAACAAUCAGACCAUCUUGGAACAGACAAUAGAGGGCAGCAGUAACAAUGCAGUUAUUUACAAUAGUUCUGGUGCUGUAUCCAGUAAAGCAGAGGGGCAGGGCACUGUGCCCCAAGGCAAAGCCACCGCAUUUAAGAUCGGGAAACAAAAAGCAAUCUCUUCAGAUAAUAAACGGACGGAGCCUCAUUUGUGUAAACUCAACCCCGACUUGACUAAGAAAGCGAUCACAGCACUCAAUGUCAACGGGACCGUAAUCAUCCCAGAGUCGACUCUCCUCAAAGCUGAUGGCCUUUCUCACAUCAUGCCUUCCCUGCAGCGGCCUGUAAACUACACCCAGGUGCCAAAGAUCGCUAUUCCCCUCAACACAACCAAAUACAACCCUUCUCUGGAUGACAACCUGACCCUCAUCUCUUCCUUCAACAAAUUCCCAUACCCGACACAAGCUGAGCUCUCUUGGCUGACUGCAGUCUCAAAACAUCCAGAGGAGCAAAUUAAAGUGUGGUUCACCACACAGAGGCUUAAACAGGGUAUUACCUGGUCACCGGAGGAGGUGGAGGAAGCACGAAAGAAGAUGUUCAAUGGUACAAUCUCGUCUGUGCCUCAGACCUUCACAGUUGUAACGCCUCAUCUUACUACUCAGUCAUCCGCCAAUCCAUCAUCAGUAACGACCACAGUAUCCAAAUCGGUGCAGCCUGCGGCCUCAGUUCUCCAGUCCGUUCCCUGUCAGCUCGUGGGACAGACUAGCUUGGUGCUGACUCCUGUUGCCAACGGCUCUACUGUCACAUGUGCACCACUGGCACUCACCUUGGCUAACCAGGUUGCCCAGUCACUAAAACGCCCCUUGGCCUCACCCUCUACUGCCUCAGAGAAUAAACGGCCCUCCAUCAUUCAAGCCAUAUCUGCGCCUAUCGCCACAUCCAAGAUGGCAUCGCCCAAAGUGUUAAAUUUCACCGCAGACCCCAACAAAACAGCCGAGCAGCUCUCAGUGCUCCGGUCCAGCUACAUGCAGUGUCCUUUCCCAGAGGAAGAAGAGAUCUACAGGCUGAUAGAGACCACCGGGCUGUCCAGAGGAGAGAUUAAGAAGUGGUUCAGUGAACAAAGGCUCCUUAAUCUCAAAGGUGUUCCUCCUCCCCCACUGCUGGUGAAAGCUGAUGUGACUCCCGUAACUAAAGAUGGACCUGUGAGAAAAGCAGUCCCGAGCCACUUCCCGCUGCUGGAGCGGGUGAAGGGGAAGUCCUCGGAGCAACUAAAUGCACUUGAGGAGAGUUUCCAGAGAAGCAGUAGUCCGACAGACACUCAGCUUGACCAAUUGGCCCAGGAGACCAGGCUGUCCAAGACCGAGGUAGACUGCUGGUUUUCUGAGCGCAGGGCGCUCAGGGACAACAUGGAGAAGGCGUUGCUCAGCGUGACCAAGAACACGGAUGACAAAGGCGACAGGCCUGGCGUAUUGCUCAAUGGUUCGUCUCAUCGCGAGCACGAUGGGAAAAUUCUCCAAUCAUCGGCUCUCCCACAGUUCCUUUCUUCUUCGUCGUCAUCCUCAUCCUCCCCUCCUAUGCUUGCGGCCUCGUCCCCUCAUCCUCCAACCUUGUCUGUCUCCGCUUCUCCUCCCAUCCUUAAUUCAUCCUCGUCAUCCUCCUCUCCACAUCCUCCCAUCCUUUCUGUCUCGACGAGCCCUGCUCACAUCCCAAGUGGCUCCCUCACUCUGCUGCGAGAGAUGUUCUGUCGGACCCAGUGGCCAACGCCUGAAGAGUACAGCCAGCUGGAGGGGCAAACAAGCCUGGGCCGCACUGACAUUGUCCGCUGGUUUAAGGAACAUCGCUCGGCCCUUAAGAACGGUGAGACCUUGGACUGGUUGGAACCUUACCAGAGCCAAAAAGAACAGCAGAAAUCGGGACAAGAGCAGAAGAUGGAUGACUCUGACAGACAACAGCAAAGUGUACCAAUGGAAGGAAAAGUGGAGGAGAAAAUAGCAGAAGCAGCAUCAACGGAGAACUCCAAGAUGUCCAACCCAGACGCAGUACAGUGGUUGACUGAAAAACUCACUCACAGUGUGUCAGACCUGGGCCAGGCCACUUCCAAUAUUGCUGAACAAGGAAGGUGGGUUCAGGUGACAGUGGCUGUGGGGGAAGACAGUGAGACAGGAUUACAAAGACAGAGACUGGCAGCGGAUGCUGACGUCUUGACCUUGGAGCAACCUGGGAGGGUCACGGGCUGAUGAUGAUGUGAGUCCAUACAAAAGCUACAAAGAAGGCAACGUAAGACACAGAUGCCAAAAGUGGAAGUGGGGUCGUAUCCCCAUGCCGGUGGUGCGGUCACAAAGUAGGAUGGACGUCUGCUCAUCUGUCUGUUCCCUGACGUGUUGUGUAGAUGCUUGCUUGUAGAGGAGUGCCAAAGCUGGACUUAAUGAUUCAUUUUGGGGGGGAAGAAGUAUCCAUGUAAAUAUUUUUUCAGGAUUGCUAAAAAUGUUUGUACAGUUGUCCUGGAAGGGCAUGUUUUUUUUGUUGUACUUGUUUUUUUUAAAGACUUGUGCCCAAUACUUAAAAUGUUUGUGUUGUUGUCGCUAAAUGUGUGUGCGCGGGGGGAGGAGCUAUUUGCUGAAAAUGAAUCCUAUUUUGAAGGAAAAUUUAAUCUGCUUCUGCUUAAUAGAGUCCCCCCUCUUUUUUUUUUUUUUUUGCUUUUUUUAUAAAUGGCACUUGUAUUACUGUAAGGCUUUCUUGCGCUCGGCUGCCUCGUCUCCAGCUAGAAUCUUUCUCUAGCGCCCUCAGCCCCUUACAAAAGGAGUCUCUGAGAAUGUUCUUGAAGGGAAGUGAGUGAGAGGGAAUGGAUUGUGGGAGUGCAAGCUUGGCCUUGCUGCUGGCAAGGGAGCCCGAUGUUUGCCACUGAGCCACACGUGCAGACCAAAACAAACUGCAUUAGGCCAUUGAAUGAUAGAAUGCACCAACUUGUAUCUUUUUGAAUCAGUUGAUGUGCUCACGCACCAGUACCAGAGGCAAUAACUGUAGAAUGUUCGUAUUUCUGUCCUACUAAUGUUUAAAGACAAAGUCUGUCUGAUCACACCGUGCUGCCUUUUCAGCUCUUUCCACAUCAACUGAUGAAGAUGAUUAUCAUAAGGAUGGGGGGGGGGAAACACUUGUUUUUGACUGAAUUUGCAAGAUUGAGAAGAUUAUUGACUGACGAUUAAACAACUAAAGCAGUUCCAAGUGUGACUCUUGUUCAGCUGUGAAUUGUAAACGUCUCGUCCGCUUUCGCCUUUCCGGAUUUGUCCUCAGAUGGCAGUUGGGGACUUUGGUUAUUACUGUACAGUCUUUUCAAAUGCGCUAGCUCCAAUGGCAAUUUUUCUUUUACACGUAAGAUUAAACCUGUGUUGACUGCCUUAUCUUUUUUUUCUUUUACUUGUACUCAAGAUUGAAAGGGAUAUUGUGUAUUUUGUCCAGUUGCAUCCUCAUGCAUUACGUGUGCAAGCACUGCUCGAGAUACACUCCUUUCUAUAUAAUGCUGGUUUGAAAAGCAGAAUCUACUUUUUUGCAUCUUAAAUUUCAUGUUCAAGCAUAUUCUGGCAUCUGGUUGGCUUCUAAAGAAUACUGCCUGCAUUUUUAUUUUCUACUUUAAAUCUGCUCUAACUGAAUAAAUACACAAUGCUGG